AUGACGUCAGAACCCGCUAUGGAGGAGGAAGACGGGCGACCCAGCAGCCCCAUGAGCAGCACCAGCUGGGCAGUAGUCGGCGAGCCUGACUCUCGUUCACAUAACCGUCCUAUCGGUGCAAACCGUAUAUCCUUCAUCCGGAAUAGCAUGAUAAGCGAUACUCUCAGUGUUGAUUCGAACUACGGAAGCAGCGAAGGCAGCAUCACAGACGUAGAUGAAAUUAGCAGCACAUCUGAAACGCCAUCCCUUGUCACUCCGUCCCUGACCCAUACCGACGACGACUACGACGAUGUCGAGCACGAGUAUGAGGACGAAGAUGAGCUUGACGGUGGGAGCAGUGUUGCCAUUCCGUCAGGCUGGGGUUCAACCCCGGACUUAGUUAAUGAGGAAUAUGGGGAAGGCCAACGUGUAGCUGAGGGAAGCAGAGUCUACAUGCAAUCUGAUGGCUGGGUCUCAACUUCAAGCCUAGAUGAACUUGAUAAUGAAGACCAGGACGAUGAGGCUCCCGAGGUACAAGGUGAUGAGGACUCAGCUUCUACCCCUAUCAGGUUCUCACAACUGAAUCGCCUAAGCGAGGCCGACAGGGCUGCGCUACCGGAGGUUAUAAGCACCCCACGUUAUGAUGCUCUUCGAAAUAAUGCCAUGUCUCCUCCUCGCCCCAAGCCGGAAACUGGAAAUCACCAGGAUCCUAUCAAACAACAGAAAUGCCCGAAACAAAAAACUUUUCUGAUGAAAUUUAUGUCAUUGCUUGACGAGAACAUGCAUGAAGUCAUUAUUCCUUUCAUGAUGUUGGUUAUAUGUCUUUUUAUGGCGAUCAGUCUUGUUAUGGCACUAGGAUCUGUCUUCAUGUACCUCCAACCCGUAGCGGUUGUUGUCUUCCAAGGCUGUGCCCAACUCCUCGGACUCUCAUCUAGAGCCCACGAAAGUGUGGCUACUGGCACGAUUCAAACAAUAAUCACCCCCAUCGCCACCCCAGUUCUAUGCGAGAAUUCUCCAGUAUUCUCGACUUCACCAGAGGGUGUACAGUACCUUGGAUCCAAUUCCCGAGCACGUCAGAACAUGGAUGACUUCAUCUCGCAGCUAUCCUGUGCAAACAUUCAGAGCAAGGAAGAAACAGAAGAUGUACAAGUCCAUGUCGUUGGCGACUAUCAUGUAAUUGUCCGGUUGCCGGCUCGACUUGCAUCAGGGAAGAAUGUUUCAAAGUUUGAUAUCAAAGUGACUCGAGCUGAUAAAAGCCUCCUAUUUGAUCUUUAUAAGCUCUUCGAUGGCGUUUUUGCCCUCCGGCUCGCUCCCGAGGAUGCAUAUGGUCCGAUAAACGUGAUUGUCUCCUCACGCUCAAGGCCAGCAAUCAACAAAACUACCAAUGUUGAUUUCGGCACUCCAUGGUUGAAAAUAGCUAGCUGGAAGAAGGCCACUCAGUCACUAUCACUGGCCCUCCGUAAAAACCUCAGUGAUGCUCAGAAUGAGCUACCAAAGGUAUACAUUAAACUUACCUUUGACUUCAAAAACUUCCGUGAUAUAUGGGGCCGGAAUAUUAAUCAAACGACCCCUAUCAACGACUCACUUCAUGAUAUUAUCAACCUUGCAAGAAACGCGGUAACCAAGUCAAAGACCCUUUCGAAUAGCCUAUAUCAUUAUGCGAUGAGACGCUUGGACUCUCCCUUGAGCAAGCUAAAGCAGAAAGCAAAAUCAGCGCAGCAAGCUGUCCAUGGUAUCUUGUCAGCCGCACAAGAAAGGGCAAGCCGGGCUCAAGUUCCCACUUUUGGGUUCUCUCUGGGGGCUAAGUCCCGAGACGUAUGA